AUGAAUUCAAGUUAGAGGCAACCAAGAAGUAGAAUAUUUGAUGUUGAUUCAUAAAGACCAUCUGAUAGAUCUAAUACUCCUACAAGAGCAUUAUCACCACUUCAACCCUCUUAACAUAUUUAACCCUAAUAACAAUAAUAAUAACAAUAAUAACAAUAAUAACAAUAAUAACCAAUCCCAACAUUUUAACCUUAAAAAUUAAAGCAUAUUCUUUAUAAUGCAUAAUAAAGUACUCCAAUCGUCAGUUGCCAUUAUCAUCCAGAUCAAUUCAUUUAAAACUUUUGCAAAAAUCCGUAAACUUUUUUAAAUUAUCAUAAUAGUGAUUGUCUAUUACCACUUUGUCCCAUGUGUGUUACUAUCCAUUAAGAUGAUCAUUUGGGAUAAGACUAUGCUCCCCAUUUUGAUUUACUUAGUUAUUGUCUUGGUGAACAAUAUAAUAAAAUCGUUGACAUUUGUAAUCUAUUAGGAGAAGACAUUGAAGAUGUAGUAGAAUUAAAGAAUCUUGUUAAAAAUCAUAGAGAAGUUUAGAAAAAGAAAUUCUUAGAAGCAAAGGAAUAAUUCUAUAAGGCAAUAGAUACUUUUAUGUAAAAUCUAGAAAACAAUCUAAAUUCAUAAUCAAUCAAACAAACUGAUUAAUUACUCAAUGAAAUUAAUUAAUUUCAUAGAUUAGCUUAUGAUAGAUGGAAUAAUAUGUAAGGAAGAUUAUAGAAAUUGAAUUCUGAGAAAUGUCUAAAAACCCUAAUAAAGUCUUAUAGAUAAAGCAGACCAGAAGAUGUCUAUUAACGUUAACAUGAAAUGACUAUUACAUUUGUAGAUUAAGUCAAAAAUGAAUUAGAUCAAGUAGAAAUUAGACCAUCUUAACUCUAAAUUAUUCUAGAUUAAUUACAAUCCUAUAUAUUCAUUACAAGAGAUCAAAUUAAACAGCCUAAAUAAGUAUCACCAAUCAAACCNAGUUUAAAUUUUGCUAUUAAACAGGAUCUUAAUAAAGUUAAUUUUAAAUAGGUUAGAUAAGAUAGAUGAC